AUGCGCAAAUGCCCUAUACAGUGGACUGCUGAAGGACGGAAACAUUACCAGCAGGACCUUGAGCCCUACGUAUGCCUUUCCGAAGCUUGUUACAUGGCACGACCGUCGUUUGCGUUCUCGGACGAGUGGUUCAGCCACAUGAAGUCUAACCACUCGGAAGCAUGGUCUUCAAAGAUUCACUCGCGGCCUCUAUGGACUUGCAACGCAAUGACAGAGGAAGGAGACUUGGUGCACGAAAAUGACACGGUUUAUGCGUUCUCUACCAAGACGGAACUCAUGAUUCACUUCAAGCGCCACCACCCGCAAUUAUUACCCAAGCCCAAUCAGUCCAACGAUAGCAAUAAUGAAGGGGAUAUCUCUCAACCUGGAAUGCAACAUCACUGGUCACGAAGCGCGCGCGCAGUGUCUUCUUGUCCCCUGUGCUCAUUCCGCGAGGAGCUCAAAAACGAGCCAGACGACGAAACGAUCAUCACGUCCAAAACGAUGGGGUCGCACAUUGCCGACCAUCUACAUCACCUUAUGAUGGUAACACUGCAGAUCAUGAAAGCUAUGGAACCUAUGAGCAAGGACGCUCCGGAUCUUGCGAGCGGGCCCAGUAGCGACCUCUCGGAGCCAUGCUCAGAGCUCGAGGACGAUGAGAUUCGAGAUAGGCGCGAUGAUAGGCUAGAAAGACUACUACUGGAGCUAAGAGAGACUUAUCAAGUGCAACUGACUGUUCUUAAAUCUCUUUACCCACGAUGGACGGACAAAGAUUUACUAUGGGUCAUUGAUGAUGCCAAAGGGGACCUCGAAGCGAGCAAACAGCGACUCUCCAUCACGGAGGCCGAUCGCAACGAGGCGGAGAAUGCCAACCAGUCGGGAGGCCAAGCUUUGUCCAUUCACAAUCUAUAUAUGUUUGAAUUGGAUGAUGGCAAUGAUCAGUCGCUCCCUCAAUCACCUAGGGACCGGACGGUCUCUGAAGAAGGUGACAAUUCAGAGAAAGAUAGAGACAGAGAUCUCGUCUUCAAGUUCAAAGAGACGACGUUGGCCAACACUUACCUUAACCACGAGUAG